AUUAAACAGCCAAUCAAAUCUGCCCCUGACAUGUGCCCUCCUACUGUUCAGUGAAUGACAAGAAAUUAUUACAAGUCCUCCUCUUAUCUGUACAGUUUGAGUUUUACAGUGCAGAGGACAAACAGGGUCUCAGGCAGAGGAGAGUCUCCAGAAGAGGAGAGUUCAGAUACAGUGAUGCCACCACUCUGUGCUGUUCUUCUGCUUUUCAGCAAAGUCUGUGGCCUAUUUGGGGAGAAUGUUGUGCAGCCUGAUGGUCUGGUGACAGCUCAGCUUGGAGAAACUGUGAUGCUCCGGUGUUUUUUUCCUGUGCCAGCUGUGCCCAGUUUCAGCUGGUUUAAGCAGCCUCUUGGACAGAAGCCUCAGUUAUUAGCAAGGAUACGGAGCUAUGAAUCAGAUCCCACAUUUUACAAUGAGUUUAAAAACAGCACACGCCUCAGUGCUAAAGCAGCAAAGGGGACCUCGAACCUGACUGUGUCACGAGUAGAGCCGUCGGAUUCAGCCACAUACUACUGCGCUGUUAUUGUCAACAGAGAGAUCAGCUUUGGAAAUGGAACCACUUUAAUGGUGACGGGGUCAGAGUCACACAACAGGACAGUAGUACUGCAGCAGCCCGAGUCAGUGCAGCCAGGAGACUCUGUGACUCUGCAGUGUACAGUACGCACUGAGACCUGUGCAGGAGAACACAGUGUGUACUGGUUCAGACAGGGCUCAGGAGAGUCCCCUCCAGGAAUCAUUUACACCCAUGGAACCAGAAGUGAUGAGUGCCAGAGGAGCUCUGAGGCUGUGUCUCCCACACAGAGCUGUGUCUACAACUUCCCCAAGAGGAACCUCAGCCCCUCUGAUGCUGGGACUUACUACUGUGCUGUGGGCACCUGUGGGGAGAUCCUGUUUGGGAACGUGACCAAGCUGGACUUUGAGGGGAAUGGACAUCUUCCUCUUUAUUGCUUGGCGGGAGCUUUGACGUUGAGCGUGGUCCUAAAUGUUGUCCUCGCUCUGAACAGGAGAAAAAACUGUGAGAACUGCAAAGGGUCUGCAUCAAACAACCAGAUGUCCAGAGAAGACUUGUCAAGAAAACAGAGUCAAGAGGAGGCAAUGAAUUACGCUGCAUUGAAUUUCACUGCCAAGAAACCCAAAGUGAGGCGGAACAAGAGGGAAGCGGAGAAAGAAACGGUUUACUCAGAUAUGAGAUUUAGAGACCGCGAGUGAAGCUUUCCAUGAAAAAUGUUUGUUUAUUAAACAUUUCUUCACUAGCAUUGGUGAACAUUAUACUAUGGGGUUGUAAAUGAGAGACUUAUGGUCUUGUUUUUUUAGACUAAGAGCCCCUUUGAGCUGUGCUUGUCAAUAGCUGUGCACUUGCUUAAAUUAAUCUGUUUUUCAAAAUAAAUGAAGUAAAAUAUGUAAAAAGUGUUCGCUGAUGUGCCUGUGUUCUGACGUGAAAACAUCAGUUAAAUGUUGCUUAGCGUUGCUUAAUCUUGCUCAGUCAGUUUAAGGCAGCCAUGUAGUACAAUGGUUCGGGAACAGAAUGAGUAACCUGAUUCUGAGGUGAUGCACUGCCCUUACCCUUAAGAAAGGCCAUUAACCCAAAUGUCUUCAGUCUGUAUUGAGCAGUAUAAAAUAAAACUGUGUGCACUUAUAAAA